AAUGAAGAUCAACAUCGACGAUAUCAUCAAGAGGAAGCUACCGUCAGUGGAGGCGAAGAUAUACCGUCCACUUCAUAGGGAAUGGGUGAAACAGGUUAAAUAUGUGCCAGAGCUAGCGGGGUUCAUCUCGUGCGCUCUCUCGAACGAAGUGUCCAUGGUGAUAGCGGAAACUGCCGGUACCAAAGCCAACUUCAUCUUCAGCACACGCAGGGGUAUCACCUGCUUUGACUACGACAACGUGCAGGGUGUCAUCGUGACUGGCGGUAUGGACUGCACAGUGCGGGUGUGGAACACCUACAUGACCAACCGCCCCUCGAUGCUGUUCAUCGGUCACAACGCGCCCAUCUCGCACAUUUUAACGCGGCCAGCAGACGAGCAGAUCAUCUCGCUCAGCAAGGACAAGUGCGUUAAGGUGUGGGAUCUACGGGAGCAGGUGUGCGUGCAAACCGUGUCACCACAGAGGCUGCGAGUCAACGUCUCGCUGCCCUCCUUCACAGCCAUGUUCUACAACCCCAAGAUCCAACAGCUGGUGCUCGCCAGUCAGAUCAUGGUCAUCAUGCAGAAAAACGUUGUGGUGCACGCUGAAGAGCGCGAGAUCCAGUCCCACGACCGGGUGGUGACGGCGGCCAUUUACAACAACCUCUUCAACAAGGUGGUAUCCGGCUGCCAUGGCUCGGUCAUCACCGUCUGGGAGCUGCAGACCGGCCAAAAGGUGAUGCAGUUCAGGAACGCGCACACAACCAAGCGAAACGGUCAGCACGUGGCCGUCGAGAUCACUUGCAUGACAUUCGAUCCGACGCUGCGGCGCCUCAUCACGGGCGGCCGCGACGGCAGGGUCAAGAUCUGGAACUUCAACAACGGCGCCUGCUUGCGCGAGAUGAAGACUCAGGGUGGGCGCGAGAUCACCGGCGUGCUCGUGGCCAAGCAGCGGAUCGUGUGCUGCGGCUGGAGCCGCGGCAUUACUGUGUUCCUGGAUGACCGGCAGGACACGACUGUGCGCGAGUGGAUGGUCCGCCACCGCGAGGACAUCCUGACCGUGGACUUCCGCAGCCCCAGUCUGGUUGCGACCGGCGCCUACGACGGAGAGAUCAUUGUAUGGAACCUGGAGACGGGCCAUCUCUACACCCGCCUCAGCGCCAGCGUCUCCAGCCACAAUCAGUACGUGGUGCCUGAGCUGGAGGACACGCACGGCCUGGCCGCCAUGACCAAGUACAAGGAGAAGCAGAAGAACAUGGUGCUCGACUUCACCAAGCGCGAGAUCAUGACGCGCGCGUCCGAGCAGCGUGCCAUAUCAGGAGAGGCCCAACGAAGGUCGCUGGCCGCCGAAAACAUCGAGGGUGACCCCACCUGGUUGCAAGAAUCAUCCAGCGACGCGGACUCGUCCAGCCCGUCCACAGCCGACGGCGCCGGCGAGACGACGUCGACCAGCAGCCCGCGCGAGAAGCCACUGGCCAUUCACAAGCUGCUGUUCCUCACCAGCCGCGUCAGCACGGCGAAGACGGCUACCCUGAUGGCCUCCUGCGCCGACGGCAGCAUCCAGGCCUGGUCGCUGCAUCACGAAGGAGGCCUGCUGCACAAGUUCCGCGUCUGCAAUGCCGAGAACGACUAUUGUCUGACGCUGGCGUCGGACUCGCGCAACCGCUUCUUGAUUACCGGAGACACGGCCGGGUACGUUCGUGUCUGGCUCAUCGAGAACUACUGCAUCGACAACGAGGGACAGGUCAACUGGUCUUUCUACGUCGCCAAGUUUCCCUUCCUAGGCCGACACCUAACGCUGUUACGACGCAUGCUGAAGCUGGAGUGGCUGAAGCCCUCCUUUAAGCCGCACAUUCUCAACUCGUUCCGUGCCCACCUUCACACCGUCAUGUUCGUCGACUUCGUGGAGGCGCACGACCUGCUGGUCACCUGCAGCUCCGACUGCUCAGUGCGCCUGUGGACGCUUUGCGGCAGGUUCAUCGGCACGUUCGGUCAGAAGCGUCUGUGGAAUCUGCAGCUGCCGGUAGUUCCGCGCGAACUGCCGGGCCACAUGCCGCGUGACGUACGCCGCGUGGCCUCCAGCACCACACUCAAGGUGCUUCACGGCGGCAAACACCCCAAGUGGCACUUGGUGCAGAUGGGCAUCCUGCUGGCCGCCUCUGAGCUAAUGCGCGGACAGCAGGAGCUCAAGGAGCGCUCACGACGCAUGCGCGAAGCCCGUCAGCAAACAGCCGAGUCGUUGGAGGCGUCGGAUACCAAUUUGGACGUUACCAAAGGGAGAGCGGGCCCGAUCCUCGGGGUCAGUUAUCAGAGGAGGUCACGUCACAAGCCAAUCCCGUCCGUUCCGCAGCCGCAGAUCAUGCGGAACCAGGCAAUGGCCUUCAUGCUGCUGCCGUUCGUCGAAGUGGAGGAUAUCCCAGAGCCGGAGCCCCCAGAGAUCGUGCACGAGCUGCUGAGAGCCAGGUCCGGCCAGAAGAAGACCAGGGAUUACGAUCGUCUCAAGGGCGGUAACAAGCGGCCCGGCGGGCUCAGCAGGCGGGUCUCGGUGGUGCCCUCAUGAGUUGACGGCACCUGUGUUGAACCUGUUCACGCUAAACCGGCAGUUUGCUUUGUUCCGUUGCAGCAUUCAAAUUAGAAGUGCAAAGAAGUGUCCUUGAAUAA